GGUAAUAGAGGUGAACAAAAGCCGGCUAUCUUCAACACUCUCUUCUUCGUUCUUCCUCAUCUCUCUCCAAUUUCUCUCCAAUUUCUCUCCAGAUCUCUCCCCUGAGUCCUCUCCUUCCACAUGGCCGCCUGCUUUGCUCCGUCGCUCUCCGUAUCUGGGGGAUUGAUCAAGGCCUCAGAUCUCUCCUCAAAGUCCAUUUCCUUUGGGCAAGCACCAAAACUCGCCAUCCAGAGGAAGUCCUCGAGAACCAACCAAAAGUUAUCAGUCCGUGCUGAGUACAAUGAUGGUGAUAGAAGUGGAGGUGGGGAUUUUGUGGCUGGUUUUCUUCUUGGGGGUGCUGUAUUUGGAACCUUAGCUUAUAUUUUUGCACCGCAGAUCAGGAGAUCUCUACUAAAUGAAGACGAGUAUGGUUUCAGGAGGGCUAAGCGUCCAAUCUACUACGACGAAGGUCUUGAGAAAACCAGACAGACGUUGAAUGCAAAAAUAAGCCAAUUGAAUUCAGCGAUUGAUAAUGUAUCCUCACGUCUGAGAGGUGGUAAUAAUACUCCAGCUGUCCCAGUUGAAGCUGAUCCUGAGAUUGAAGCUACCAUGUAAAUUCAAUUUCAACAUAAUUGAUGAAAAGGUUGGAAAUUUUCACUUCUUAGAGACCAUAUAUUCAUGUCACACAUGCCUGCCACAAUUUUUAAUUCAAAGUUUUUUUUUCUUGUAUUCAUUAUGAUUAGAAUGGAUUGUUUGUUACGGUUAAAUUAGAAUUGUUGGAAAUAUUUUGAAUAUAAGCACUUUAAAAUUUUUGGUAA